AUAAUUUCCGUUAAACUUUAGGAAAAUUGUCCGUUAUAUAGUUGGAGAAACUGGUCGUGAUUGCUUGCUUAGACUGCUUCGAAACAAUACUGGAAAGACAUUCAGCACGCCUUUUCGUGUACUCAUAGAAAAGAUGCCAGAGAUUGCAAUGGAGGUGAUGAAUAAAUGUAUUACAAGGAAAGGGAGGGAGAUAACUUUUCAUUAUGAACUCUUGGACGACACUUAUUUUCUGAAGUACUGGCCGCCGUACCAUGAUGAUUACCCGUCUACCUGGGAGCACCAUUUAUUGAAAGAUACUGAGAAACCUGAGGCAUACAGAAAUAGUAUGAAGAAGAUGAAAACAAACCACCCCCUCCGGUUGAUGAUAAAUGGCAAACUAACAGAUCAUUCAUGUGAAGGAAUCUACCAACAACUUUUGGAUCACCCCCUAGCCCUAGUCAGCCGUAAAUGGAAUCAUAUUGGAUGGAAAUUCCAUGCAGUGAAUGUUCUACUUUAUUCGAUCUAUCUGGUUGUUUUCACUGUAUGUGUGAGUACCACUGUUCCGCCGUAUAUGCAUUCUCAAAAUCAAAGCAAUGUAACCACUUACGGGAACGCAACUACUGACCCAAACCUCACAAUCUCCCCGGCAGAGACUACGUGCCAGAACACAACUACGUGCUUGAACAAGACCACGUUACGAAAUCCUGAAACCAAAGUGGCGUGUAAUUCCUUUAAAAGUAACAGAAAAUCAACGACAGUAGAUGUGCAAUACUUAGUCAUAGGCUUAUCUGUCAUCAUGAUUUUAAAAGAGGUUUACCAGCUGGUCCGAAUGUACGGAUGUGAGUACUUCAAACAGAAAGAAAACUACGUGGAAUUAGCUGUCUACAUAUCCUUUAUCUUGUUUGUUAUAAACUUCACAGACUGCGAAAAUACAGACUACCGAACCACUUGGCAAUGGUACUUCGGCACAUUCUCUGUCCUCCUUGCGUGGACUAAUUUGCUUACAUAUGCAAGGAAGACUUGUUAUCUGGGAACCUAUGUUUUGAUGUUAUUGAGAAUUAGCAAAACAUUUCUGACGAGGGUGUUUCCUAUGGUCGCCGUCUUACUCAUCGCACUUGGUACAGCAUUUUACUGUGUACUCCAAAAUCAGGAUGAAUUUGGAAAUUUUUGGCAUUCCAUACUGGCAACAUCGUCAUUCUUGGUUGGCGGAUUCGAGUAUGGGGAAUUUCAGGGCUUUGUCGAUAACAAUGAUUUAGCCCCUGUCGGUUACAUAGUCUACAUUCUAUUUUUAUUUAUUACGAUUAUCGUCUUAAACCUGAUGAUCGGUGAAGCAGUGGAAAAUGUUGAAAAAAUACACAAACGUGCAUGUGAUACCAGAUUUGCUCUACAGAUUAAAUACGUUUUGGAAUUCGAAGGAAUCAUAUGUUUUGUCAGUUCCAAACUGAAGACACAUUGCGGCAUCUUCAAAUUGAAGAAAUGGUUUAUUCUCAAUCCAAACGAAACAAUCCGGCUGAAAGAUCUUAAAUCAAGAGGACUUCAGGAUCUGAUAGAUAAGACCAAGUCAACAGAAGGACAAGACGGUUUACAUGAAAAAAUGAACACAAUAGACAUGACUGGUGAAAUCACUACUAUCAAAGAUGAAAUUCUGAAUGUGAAGGAAAUUUUGAGGCUGCAAAGCAAAGAAAUGACUAAUACAAACAAAAGAAUGAACAAAAUAGAGACUGAACUAAGUACCAUUAAAGACGAUGUUCUGAGUAUCAAGGAAAUGCUGAGGUUACUUAGCAAAGACUUGGCUAAUACAAACAAAACAUCAACGGACCUGAACUGACUUGAAAGAUUCAAAUGGCUUUCAAAUGGCUUUUAUGUGAGACAAUCCUAUUGUAUGCUAUCAAAAUAGUAUUCAUACUACCAGAUUCACAUAUUAUUGAUACAUAUUUGAAUAGUAAUAAUAGAUAAGUCAGUUGUGCAUCUAAAUUAAAAGUCACUUUAUAAAUUCUAAAAAGCGAUGGCAACCGUUGAAACAUAACGUUGUAAACCAGCACUAGCUAAGAGGAUGAAUAUUUUAAUGAUUUAACUUAACUAGAUUCGUUUUAACUUAUAUCAACUUUUAACUUAUAUAUUGCCCUUACUACCUUAAAACUUCUAAGGUUCACUUUGGAUACGCACCGUCUCAAAAGUUUGUUUACAAAUUUUAACAUUUGAAAGCUUAAAAAACAUCAGUGGUUUUUGGUCAAACUAAUGAAAAAAUUGUUGGAGUAUUUUGACUCAAUAAAACUUAAAUAUUUUGUUUUCAUGAAAAACUGAUGUAGAUAUCUUAGCUCAAACUGAUAAGAUUCCUUGGCUUGAACUUGUUCUUUUUCAUUAUAUUCUUCGAUGCACGUCUGAUGUCCAACGGGUGCAUGUACACCGCACACAUGACACUACUGUGUAAACAAUCGAGAAGCUUAUCAUUUUAGAUCAGUUAGGAUCUGGAUGAAAUAAAAAACGAUAUCGGAAAAAGGAAAUAAAGGAAACCUGAUACUUACAGAAUUAUAAAAGAUUUUUUUUUUCAUCAAGUAAAUUAAAGUUAUUUUUUCAGCUAAGUUUGUAGUGUUGGAGUCGCAGUCAUUUAAGAAUAUACGAACGGUUUCAUAAUUUAGCUUCGUUGCUUCAUAUACUUCUAACAUGUUUAAUUAUAUAAUAUAUAUUUACUUAAUGAUCAUAUGUCAAUGUACUUCAUGCUUUUGGUUAUGUGGUAGUUAUUUGUUUACUUGUUAUAUUUCUCUUUGCUCAUAAUCGUUAGAGAAUUAACAUAUGUAUUUUUGCUGAGCUGCAGUUAGAUGCUUUACUCCCUAUACUUUAGUUGUUGUUUGUUUGCUGGUAGACAGAAGAUGAUGCAAAGUACCUUUUUGCCGAAGUGCGCGUUUUAGGUGAGAAGUGCGCCACAGAAACGGGCUAGUAUAUAUUCAGAUCGGAUUCAAUUCUUCUUAUUCUUUUUGUCAGUUUAAUGUCGCACUGACGCAGUUAUUUGGCGACUUUCCAGCCUUGAUGGUUAAGAAAGACUCCGUAUGCCCCUAUUUGCAUUAUUUCAUCACGAGCAGGCAUGUGGGUAGAACCACAGACCUUCCGUAAGCCAGCUGGAUGGCUUCCUCACAACACAAAAUGAAGAUUUCAAAGCCCGGUGUGAGGCCCGAACCCACCUCGGUGAGGGGCAAGUGAUUUUAAGUCAGAGCCGUUAACCAUGUUUCUCAUAGUAUUCCAAGGGAUAGAGUUUUAUAACAUGUACAAUGGCAUUUCCUUUCUGCACUGAUGCGCCAGCGCCUAAGAUUGGAUAUAAAAUUCAUUUUACAUUUUACCCAAUAUAUACUACAGUUAUAUAAAAAAAAGGUUAACGAGUCUAAAAGAUAUCACAAGCUGUGGUUUUAUAUAGAAUGGUUCAUUUGCGCGUCUCGCGUUAUUACAUCUAUGAAUCGAUGUUACAUUUUAUUUGUCCGUUUAAAAGUAGCGUAAUCGCAUUUAGAUUUAAAUACGGAAAAGUUUCUAAUGCAUAAUUCAGUGAAACAGUUAGUGAAAACAAGAAUUUGUGUGCUUUGAUUGUGUUAUUUUUCUCAUCAAUGGAACACAUUGUCUAACUCAUAUGUCGUUCGAAAACACGCCCUACUGCGGCGUUUUUCUUUAUGUUCAUCCAUACGUAUAAUUGUGUGGACCUAACAUAUAGGACUUCCGCAUUACCGUUUAUUAAAAUGAAGGUUUCUCCAAGAAAGCGAUUCUGACUACAUCAUAAAGUGUAAUUUAUAAUCCUAGACUUUUUAUGCCCCGCCAUAAAAUGGGGGGGGGGGGGGGAGGGGGCAUAUAGUGUGUGUUUAUGUGUUUGUGUGUGUUCGGGAAAAGGUAGUGUGCUUGUCCGGCCAUAACUUUGACUUGCAUGGUCCGAUUUCAAAACAAUUUGACACAAAUGAUAAGCAUGGAUAGACAAUGUGUCAUUUGCAACAACAAUUUCGCUAGCUGAAAGGUCAAGGUCACAGUCAUUGGUUGAACUUACAGGUUACUAAAAUUUCUGGUUUGCCUACAAUAUUCUUUUUGCAAAUAAAUAGAGCCAAUGGUCCUUCUUUUAGUUUGUGAGCAGUACCAUGCCGGUGACCUUUCUCAUGUUGCGAGGGGUGGGGGGAAGGGGGCAUACGUGUCUGUGACACAUUUCUAGUUUUAAAAACCGGUUAGUGAUGUACUUAAUCUCACUCUUUAUCCCUAACAUGCUCCAAAGUUAAGGACGAUGUAUAUCUACCGGACAGCAGUAUAGAGAAAAGUAUAGCGUACAUUUGGAAAGAGAUAUUAUAGGAAAUGUUGCGGCCGAACAUUAACCUCGAUGAAUGAAACAUUUUAUACUAAGGGACAAGGGACAGUUGAUUUGAAAAUUCAAUAUAUCUGCGCUGGUACCAGUGCGAAAAAAAACAUAAAAAAAUCCAAUUUUGAUAAAUUCAAGGUAAGUUUUGAGCGGAUGUAUUGCAUAUACUUAGCACUUCAUUAUGUGACAUUUUAAGCCGGCCGAUGCUGUUGCUUCUGUGAUAAAAACGAGUAAAACGCCGGUUUCAGGACACUAAAUUUUGAGGCAAAAAAAGGCUCAAAAUGCACAUAUUGCGCGACCUGUACCGUAUUAUCUGCAAGUGACAGACCUAAAACAAAUGUAUAUUUUUAAAGCAUGUGACCAGACGACAAUAAUGGUGGGAAGAAAAGUGUCUCUAAACCGUUUACUUUUCCGCAAAUCUGAGCUGAAUCUGGAUGGAUGGAUGACCGUUUCCAUCUCGUCUGACUUCCGUUACCUCAGCAAAGAUUUUAGACCCGGCCGUCUACACGGAGCUAGGAAAAUCGAUUUAAGCACAUACACUCAGUUCCAAAAGAAAGUGUGCACUUAGUUUUCUAUUUUUUCUCGGUUAUUUUCAUGAAAACUUAUAAUGUUUGGUACCAAAAUUUAAAUCACUUCGUAAACAGAUUGGUGUGCAUUUUAGAUUUUGAGUUAUACCUGAGAGUAAGUGUAUGAAAAAAUGCAACAAAAACUUCGGGGAAUUUUUUUGAAAUUUAAAAAGUGCACACUUUCUUUUGGAACUGAGUAUAUUUAUUUUACACAAUAAUUACUCGUACGCAGGAAUCCUUAGUUCUAUAAACAUCAUAAAUAACCAGUUGAAUAUAUAUGCCUGUAAAGCACAUUAUCUAUUUUAUUUAAAAAACGUACCCGGGCCAAAUGCGUAACUGGCCCCUGCCACUUAACCAUGCUACAGUAUGAAAAUUGCUAAUGAUCUGGAAUUGUACGAAGUUUGUAAAUUAGCAUCCUCAUAAACGUCAAUUGUGAUAUUUCUUGUCGUGAAACUGUGUUAUUGCUUAUUUUUAAACUUGAAAACAAAUUUUAAGUACGAUAGAAAAAAAAUAGGUAAUGUAUUUACGUAAAUUGUGAUGGCGGUACAUUGCAGAUGAAGUAAAAAAAAAAAAAAAAAAAAA